AUGGCAGAAGACCUGAAGUUGGAUAAUGUGAUGCUGGAUUCAGAAGGACACAUAAAAAUAGCUGACUUCGGCAUGUGCAAGGAGAAUAUGUGGGAAGGGGUAACAACCAAAACCUUCUGUGGUACACCUGACUACAUUGCACCUGAGAUAAUUGCCUACCAGCCAUAUGGAAAAUCUGUGGAUUGGUGGGCGUAUGGAGUGUUGCUGUAUGAAAUGCUUGCUGGACAGCCUCCUUUCGAUGGUGAAGAUGAAGAUGAACUUUUCCAAUCUAUCAUGGAGCAUAAUGUAACUUACCCCAAAUCAAUGUCCAAAGAAGCAGUGUCCAUUUGUAAAGGACUUUUAACAAAGCAUCCAGCCAAGCGCCUGGGGUGUGGGCCUGAGGGCGAGCGAGACAUCAAGGAGCAUGCAUUUUUCCGAUGGAUUGAUUGGGAAAAGUUGGAACGCAUGGAGAUUCAGCCUCCCUUCAAACCAAAGGCAUGCGGGCGCAACGCUGAGAACUUCGACCGAUUUUUCACCCGUCAUCCGCCAGUCUUAACUCCACCUGACCAAGAGGUCAUCAUGAAUAUUGACCAGGCAGAAUUCGAGGGGUUCUCUUUUAUUAACACGGAGUUUGUCAAAGCUGAGAUUACAUGUUAAACAGUGCCUGGGGAGGAAUGGGGAGGAAAGGAGAGGGGGGAGGAUCACAAUAGAGACCCUUGUUCCGGGUUGUGCAGCAUGUUCAGAGGCUGUUAACUGUUCCGUGAUGUUUGCUUAAAUCUCUCAAAGCGUGUUGGGAAUGCGUUUUUUUCAUCCAUCACCUCAUUACACAGCGAGACACAGUGCACACAGCAGCUGCUGACCAGUUCACAUCGCAGGUGCUUCCCUAUAUAGUAGCUCUGUAUGAAGAUGCUUUGCAAAAUGAUUUGCUGCCUUGAUUGCCAAAAGCUGUUAUAUAGUUCAUUAACUGCCUCAAGCCAGUGGCUUUUCCCUCGCUCGACUACAAAGCACAGAGGUAACCUCUUCGUUCCUGCAGAGUGAGACCUGGUGUGACAUCGCAAAAGUGGGCUCAUGAACGUUUCCCCUGGUCGGUGUUUCUGUCUGUGGCCGUGUGUGAGGACACCCUUCGUCAGUGGGUUUUAGGAUGUCAAUCUCAGCUAUUCCAAAAAAAAAGUGUCAAAUGAAGUUCUUUCUCAAUGUUUUAUUGCCCAUAUAAUGUGAUCCUGGUGGCUGACGUGUUCUUUGAAUCGAAAAUUGUGUCUGUAAAAUCUGCUCAGUUCUAGAAGUGAUUGUGAGUGUCCCGUUUAUCCUGUUAGUGUGAACCAAUAACUUCUCCCUCUCUGAGCUGAAUGAUCAUUUGAAGGCCAGCCUUUCCUCUCCUAACCUGGCCUGACUCUUCGUGAAUCUUUCUGGAGGGCGUGAGGCAUGUUUAAAUUGAUAAUGAAACCUUGCAAGACAUUUUAAAAAGAAAUAAAUUGAUGCAUGAC